UCCCAGUUUGAGUGUGGCUUCUUUGGACCAGACACUAAGUUGAGACCAGAAAAACCGAACAUCAAAUUGAGCUCGAGUCGGUUUGGUUUGCCUCACCCUUACCCCUCCUGAAUUUGAGUCCACUAUAUUGGAUAGGACCUGAUUCAAUUCUCAAUUGUUGGGCUCACUCCAGAGUCCGAGGACAUAAGUUCACCGACCAUAUAUAAAUCCGAAAUUUAGGGUUUAAUAUUACGAGAACUUACAACUUCGCCCCAUAACUCAAUACUCUCCGGCGCUUAAUUUCCGACGGUGGUGAGAGAAGAAAAAAUGUCGACCGGAGAGCUUGCCUGCACCUACGCUUCUCUCAUUCUCCAGGACGAUGGAAUCGCUAUUACUUCUGAGAAGAUUGCAACUCUGGUCAAGACUGCAAAUUUGAAUAUUGAAUCUUACUGGCCGAGUUUGUUUUCUAAACUGUUUGAGAAGAAAAGCAUUGAAGACUUAAUUCUGAAUGUUGGCUCCAGUGGUGCACCUGUUGCUGUUGCUGCACCAGCUGCUGCCGCUGCUGGUGGUGGUAAUGCCACUGCUGCUGCUACUGCUGAAGAGAAGAAGGAGGAGCCCAAGGAAGAAAGUGAUGAUGACAUGGGAUUCAGUUUGUUUGACUAAAUUGUCACCGUGUCCGUCUUUAGGCUUCAAUUUGUAGCUACAGAUUUUUGAAGGAGACUGUUGUGUUACCGAAGAAGUUAGAUAUUACAUUAUAAUUUCUGUAGUAAACUCAAUUUAGUUAAAGAUAUAUUUUCCCUUAUUCUUUAGCAUGAUAUGUAUGAGGUAAGACUAAUUUCUCAAGUACAUUGGGGCAUAUGGCUGUAAACAACUUUGGCUA